AUGCUCCUCACUCAGGCGGCUGUGGCCCAGGCUGUCACCAGUGGAGAAACCAAAGGCAACUUCUUCACCUUUUUUCUGGCUGGCUCUCUGGCUGUUACGAUAGCCAUCUACAUGGCUGGCAAUGUCUCAGGGGCCCACUUGAAUCCAGCUGUCUCCCUGGCCAUGUGUCUCCUGGGACACCUCCCCUGGGCCAAGCUCCCCAUUUACUCCUUGGUGCAGCUACUGUCUGCUUUCUGUGCCUCAGGAGCCACCUAUGUUCUCUACCAUGAUGCCAUACAGAACUAUACAGGUGGGAACCUGACGGUGACUGGCCCAAAGGAGACAGCCUCCAUCUUUGCCACCUAUCCUGCCCCCUAUCUGUCCCUAGACAAUGGCUUCCUGGACCAGGUUCUGGGCACCGCGGUGCUGAUUGCGGGGAUCUUGGCCAUCUCGGACAGACAGAACAAGGGAGUGCCUGCGGGUCUGGAGCCUGUGGCGGUGGGGUUGCUGGUCCUGGUCAUUAGUCUAUCCAUCGGUGCCAACUGUGGGUCCCCACUCAACCCUGCCCGGGACCUGGGCCCACGGCUCUUCACCUAUGUGGCUGGCUGGGGCCCUGAAGUCUUCAGUGCUGGUAAUGGCUGGUGGUGGGUGCCUGUGGUGGCCCCUCUGGUGGGGGCCGUCCUUGGUACAGCCGCAUACCAACUGCUGGUGGCUCUGCACCAUCCUGAAGAAUCAGAGCCAGCUCAGAAUCUGCAGUCUGUCUAA